UUUUUAAUGAAUGAAAGUAACAAAUAUAUAUUAUUUUUUUUUAAAAAAAAAUUUGGAAAAGAAGGCGUGGUUUCGUGCGUGCGGGUAGUUAAAAUCGUGGAAGCACUCCUGAGAAAUCUCGAAUCGCUUGGUUUUUGGGAAUCGAACGGGCAAUUGGCAUUAAUUUCAACAAGUUGAAGGAAAAUGGGAGGUGGAAAGGACAAGGAUGGUCAUGAGUCUAGUGACAAAGGAAUGUUUUCACAUCUUGCUGGAUAUGCUACUGGACACUAUCCUCCACAAGGAUACCCUCCACAGGGAUAUCCUCCACAGGGAUAUCCUCCUCAAGGAUAUCCUCCUCAAGGAUAUCCCCCACAAGCCUACCAACCAGCUGGAUAUCCACCUCCAGGUGGAUACCCCCCAGCUGGAUACUCCCCAGGUGGAUACCCUCCCCCAGGUGGAUACCCUGCCCCAGGUGGAUACCCUCCACCAGCCUAUCCUCCCCCAGGUGGAUAUCCCCAAUCCGGUUAUCCCGGUCCAUCAGCUCCAUAUCAUUCUGGGCAUGGAUCAUCUGGUGGUAUGGGAGCGUUGUUAGCAGGAGGUGCUGCUGCAGCAGCCGCUGCUUAUGGUGCUCAUCAGCUCUCACAUGGUGGCCAUCAUCUCGGACAUGGGGGUCACUAUGGCUAUGGUCAUGGAAAGUUCAAACAUGGCAAAUUUAAGCACGGGAAAUUUGGCAAGCGCUGGAAGCAUGGCGGCAUGUUUGGAAAGCAUAAGUUCAAGAAAUGGAAGUGAAUGCUAUUGGUAGAUGGAAUAAUAAUGCUCAUGUGGAGCUCAAGGUUUGAAUUUUAUUAUGGAGCAGAGGGAGAAUUGCCGUCUUAUGUUUUAGUAGUAUUGUCUAUUUUUUUUUUAUUAUUAUUAUUUUUAUUUGUUUGUCUUUUAUGAAGAUGUCACACCUAUUGUUUAUGAAUGGCUGGUUCCUGGAAA